UCGCCGUUCGUGUACAGUACCUGAAGUACUCUUUUUGCAAGAGACAAAAAACUUAUACAAAAUGGCACAGGACUUACGAGAGGGUCUCCUAUUGGGCAUGGGCAAUCCCCUUCUCGAUAUUUCAGCGAAUGUAGGUAGCGAUUUUUUAAAAAAAUAUGAUUUGAAUUCGAACGAUGCUAUCCUUGCCGGAGACAAACACAAACCCAUGUACGAUGAAUUAAUAGAAAAGUACAAAGCAGACAUUAUUGCCGGUGGUUCUGUUCAGAACACUAUGAGAGUAGCACAAUGGUUCUUGGGAAAACCAAAAAUUGCAGUUUACAUGGGUUGUGUGGGAACAGACAAAUAUGCAAAAAUUUUAGAGGAUAAAGCACAAGCCGAUGGCUUGAAUGUACGUUAUCAAUAUACUAGUAAAGAACCCACUGGUACAUGUGCGGUUCUCAUUACUGGAAAUGAAAGAUCUUUAUGUGCUAAUUUAGCUGCUGCCAAUUGCUUUUCACCCUCACACAUAGAAGAACCUGAAAAUAAAAAACUUCUGGAUGCCGCAGAAUAUAUAUAUGUCUCUGGUUUUUUCUUAACUGUGAGUCCAGAAUCAAUUCAAACAGUAGCUAGGCAUGCUUUUGAAAGUAAUAAAAUGUUCAUGAUGAACCUUAACGCACCAUUCUUGUGUGAAUUUUAUAAGGAACCUAUGCUAGCAGCUCUUCCAUACGUUGAUAUUUUGUUUGGUAAUGAGACAGAAGCCGAUGCGUUUGGAAAAGCUAACAAUUUUCGUACGACAGAUAGAAAAGAAAUUGCAUUAAAAUUAUCUCAAAUGGAAAAACUAAACGAAAAAAGGCAAAGAAUCGUUGUGAUAACACAGGGUGCUGAUAGUAUAUUGGUAGCCAAAGACAAUACUGUGACAGAGUAUCCUGCUAAUAAACUUCCACCAGAAAAAGUUAUAGAUACUAAUGGAGCAGGAGAUGCUUUUGUAGGAGGAUUCUUGGCUCAACUUAUACAAGGUAAAAGUAUUGAAAUUUGUCUAAAAUGUGGUAUUUGGGCUGCAACUCAGAUAGUACAAAGAUCUGGAUGUACUUAUGAAGGAAAACCUAAUUUUACUCCCUGAUAAUUCUUAAUCAGUUAGUAAUUACAAAUUAUGUACUUAAUAAAUGCCUUAACAAUUUUUACCCCGAUCUCCUUAAUUGUUAUUUUCCUAGUAUGUAUUCAGUAGUAAUAUUACUAU